AUUGUAAUUCUACAAUGGCGGCGUCUGAUUCGUACAAGUACAUGUCUGGAUUUGGCAAUGAAUUUAGCUCUGAAGCUCUACCUAAUGCUCUACCAAAAGGACAGAAUAAUCCUCAGGUGUGCCCUUAUGGUUUAUACGCUGAACAGCUUCAAGGGUCUGCGUUCACUGCACCAAGAGAGACAAACAAAAGAACCUGGUUUUACAGAAUUAGACCGUCGGUUGUGCACAAGCCGUUCAAGAGGAUCGAACAAGGCUACUUGACCAAUAAGUUCAAUGAGUGGUAUCCGAAUCCCAAUCAGUUGAGAUGGUUACCGUUUUCACUUCCUGCACCUGGUGAUCAAAAGGACUUUGUGCAGGGACUGUGCACUGUAUGUGGUGCGGGAGAUCCUUGUAGUAGAAAUGGUGUUGGAGUUCAUGUAUACCUCUGCAACAGUUCUAUGAAGAACAAGGCUUUCUAUAACUCUGAUGGAGAUCUUUUGAUAGUACCACAGCAGGGAGCUCUGGAUAUAACAACAGAAUUCGGCAAGAUCCAUGUUGAUCCUAAUGAGAUAUGCGUUAUUCAACAAGGAAUAAGAUUCAGUGUUGAUGUGUCAGGUCCAAGCCGCGGCUAUGUUUUGGAAGUAUUCAAUGAUCACUUCCAACUGCCAAAUCUUGGACCAAUUGGAGCCAAUGGUCUUGCAAACCCUCGAGACUUUCUCACCCCAGUGGCUUCGUUCGAAGACCGAACGGUUGCAGAAGGGUAUUCCAUUGUCAGCAAGUUUCAAGGCGUUCUAUUUUCAGCCACACAGGACCACACACCGUUUGAUGUAGUCGCGUGGCACGGAAACUACGCUCCUUACAAGUACAACCUCGACAAUUUCGUCGUCGUCAACUCGGUGUCCGUAGACCAUCUCGAUCCGUCGAUUUUUACUGUGUUGACUUGCCCGUCAACGAAGCCGGGCGUCGCGGUAGCGGACUUUGUUAUCUUUCCACCUCGCUGGUCUGUUCAAGAGCACACAUUUCGACCGCCGUACUAUCAUCGCAACUGUAUGAGCGAGUUUAUGGGUUUGAUCUACGGUAGAUAUGAAGCAAAGGAAGAAGGUUUCUUACCCGGCGGAGGCAGCUUGCACAGUAUGAUGACACCGCAUGGACCUGAUGCCGCUGCUUUCCAGAAAGCGUCAUCAGCGAAAAAGUUGGGACCAGAACGAGUUGCCGAUGGGACGAUGGCGUUUAUGUUUGAGUCAUCGUUCAGUUUGGCGGUCACGCGCUGGGCAGAGGAGACGUGUGGACGUCUUGAUCACAGUUAUUUCACCGUAUGGCAGCCUGUAGCAAGUCACUUUGAUCCUGAAUGGAAACCGGAGAGCAAGCAAACGGACGGAAAUGAUCGGUCGAGGACUAACGGUUCCAAGCUAUCCGAACAGGAGGCACAGAUAACGCAGGGAAGUUAUUCAUUUUGACAAAAAUGAUUAACGAUCACCGUGGCCAACAUAGUGCAUGGUUGCUUGACUGUACCGUACUUUGUGUUGUUGAGUUUCGGUAGUUGUUACUUUGCGAAGUGUGUAUUUGCAGUCGGACUAAGUAUCACUUCAUGCAAGUUAACCACGAAACAUCCCGAUGAUAUCAAU